GAUGAUGUAAGGAAAUGUAAAAUUGGAGAUAUUGUAUUGUUAAAGAAAGUGCCAUAUAAUAUAACCCCGAGAGUUAGUCAUAUAAUAAAUGACAUAAUAUACCCAGUGGGUAAUGUAACAGACCCAGUAACUGGCAAAAGAUGUCGAGGUAUAGAUUAUAUUGAU